UGCCGUUGCGCCACCUAGUACGGGUGUCACGGGUAGUACGACCACGGGUACGGGUAACAAUAACUACAUGCCCUUUCAUAACAACACUAAUCAUGGCUAUGUGAUGUCUCCUUCACCUCGUAUAAUGAAUGGAUAUGAAAUGACGGACGAAAGUACGACACCUAAACCCGACUAUAAUAAUAAUGCUUUUUAUUUCAGUAAUAACAAUAAUAAUAAUAAUAGUAGUAAUAAUAAUAAUAAAGAUAGCCAUCACAGUAACCAUGAUGUGAAUGCCAUGCAUACGCCGCCACUCCCACCACCCACCGUAGCAGCAACAGGAACAGGAACAACAGGUGCAGGAGCAACAGGAACAACAACAGGAACAACAAGCAAUGUGACACUCGCCUUGCCACGAACCGCCUCCUCUCAAGCAACAUGGAGCUCCUUUAAAACGGUUGCUGCUGGCAGUAACAAUCAUCAUCAUUCAGAGAAUACCAAUUUAGAAAAUGACAAGACACUCCAUCGAAAGUCGAGUCAAAUGAAUUUUAAUUCAUACAUGUGAAAUUUUUGUUUAUCUUACGACAACAACAACGGGGGAGGGGAGGGGGACUCUCUUUUUCCCUUUCUCCUAUCUACUCUUUUUUUUUUUUUUUUAUACACACACACACACAUACACAAAAGAACCCUUAAUUCUUUUGUAUUUUUUUCCAACUUUUUUAUA